AUGAAGGCAAUAUUUGGCAAUACCAUGGCUCUUGAAAACUUUGCAAAAGACUCAAGUGCACCUCUAGGUAGGGAAGGUGAUGAGGUUGAAAGUCAAGAAGAGGGGAUGAGGUUAAUGGGCAUGGUCCAAGUGAUGGGCCUAGCACUCAAGGGGCAACAUCUUACGCUAGUAGACCCGAUGAGAAGGCCAAGGCUUGAACGUGGUGUAACUUGUAUUGCCUUGAACUUGGUAUAUCUAAUGUGUGUGGUAAUCUCACCAAAAAGGACCUGGCGGUCACGCACCACCUCCUGGGCGAGCUCCACUACGCCGCCGCCGACCGCGCGGCCCGCGGAGGCCAGGAACGACGCGGCGGCGCCGCACCUCCGCGUCGCCCGCGACGCGCUCGCCGCGGCGCGACGCCUCGCCCCCGACUGCGUCGAAAUCGCGGCCGCGCUCUGCGACGCCUUCGUGGUCUCCCGGGUGUUCAAGGAGGCCGAGGGCGAGUACCUCCGCGCGCGGCGCAUCCCACGGCCUUCCGACCCGGCCCUCCACAACGCGUCCUACGGCAUGUUCGAGGGCUACGAGCACGAGCGCGACCCGGACUUCGCGAGCGAGAGGGUGGAGGAGGCCAGGGACCGGGCCCGCGCCUCCUUCGCCCGCAUGACGGGUAACGACUUGGCGAUGAUCCACUGGGUGCUUGAAGCCGGCAGGCAGCUCGGCGCGGCGGACGGGCGCAAGCGGGCCGAGCUCGUCGCCAUGACCUUCCCCAACCUGGGUCGCGCGCUGUACCUCGCGCCGUACAUGGACCUGGAGUUCGUGCGCAGCCUCGACGCGGCCAUCGACAAGCGCCCGUUCCUGCGCCGCACCCUCGUCAUCACCGAGCGCGCCGCCCGGGACUACCCCAAAUCGGCCGUCAUCGCCUCCUUCCACGCGAAGCUCCUCUUCGUCCUGGGUGAGUACGACGCGGCCGAGAUGGAGUGCCGCCGCGCGCUGGAAAUGAAGGAGCCCGAUGACCCGCAGCAAGACUGCAUCCCGAUUGGGUCAAUCAGCGGGGACAACCGUGGCACCAGGCUGGUUUCGCUGGCCUGCGAGUUCCAUGAGCUGAUCAACAAGAUCCUGAUGCUGGCCAACGAUUACUGGGACUCCAUGAGCAGUGAGAGGCAGCGUAACAGCUUCCUUCAGGUCAGGCUCGAAGUGUUGCAGGAUGAGUACCUCAAGAUUGAUCGGUCGUAUGCGUUCACCAUGUCUGAUGUGCGGAGCUUUGUUAAGGAGCACAAGUCUUGGAGGUUCUGGGUUUGCCCCCUUUGUGAUCGCAAGAAGUUCAUGGACACUGGUUUGCUAUUGUCACACAUGUGCAGCAGGCACCCAAGGGCAGUCUUGCUGCGGCUUCAGUCAGUAUUGGAUCAGAAAUUGAGUGAUGAAGCAUUGGAGAGUGAUGAUUCUCUGGAUGGGGUGACAUUUUGUGAAAAUUCAGAACAGCAAGACAUGAUGAUAUGCUUCAACAAGAGCAGUGAGGUAUUCAAAUGGUUGUUCUCUGCACCUUCAAGUGGAGUACGGCCAAAGCCAUUUCCUGAAAUACGAGAAAAGAAGUGUGAGAAAGGACGUAUGCUGCUUGAAAGCAUAAAGGACAAAAUGAAGACUCUACCUACAGAUAGAUCUACUACUGAGUUCGCCAAGGCUAUUCCUGAAAUCCAGGAGGGGUGGCAUAAGUUUCUCAAAUCUUCUGCACUGGAUUAUCGAGAAGCCAUUCUCGAACUUGCAAGAUCAUUCCUAUGUAGAGAAUUAAAGAAAUGCAUGACUGAAGAUCCAGAACUUGCUUCUAAGUCGAUCAGUGCUGCUGAUAUUGAUGCUAUAUUCACCAAAGAAGUUGUUAAUCCUGCCAGCAAUGUUGUUGAGUCUUGCCAAACAGAGGGUGUUCUAAUGGUCAGUGGAAAUCGUCAAGAAAGUAAUGUUCACGACGAAGGGGAGAGUUCUGAGAACCCAAGAAAGAAUACAGAAUCGCCAGAUCCGGCAAUCAGUGUGGUAGAAAGUGCGACUGACCUUGCUGCAAAAUUGGAAAGUGAGGUUCAUGUUGAACACAAGAGUUCUGAUUCCCCAGCAAGCAGCUGCCAACGCAUGGAGAGGAUGACGGAGCGGAAAAGUGGAGACCUCGGCGGCGGCGGCCUCUGCCUAGUACGAAGAGAGGGUGGCGGAGUCGCCGCCUCACGGAGAGGUGGAGAGUCUGGGGCUGGAGGCGUGAUGGAGCUGAAGCCGGCGGUGGCAGGGGCCGACCGGCUCUCCUCCCUCCCGGCGCAGCUGCAGGACGAGAUCCUCGUCCGCCUCGACCUCCGGGACACCGUGCGCACCUCCGCGCUCUCCCGCGCCUGGCGGGACCUCUGGAAGUCACUCUCGGUGAUCUCCCUCUCCUUCCCCUUCAACACGCAGCCCUCGGUCAUUGACAGCGUCCUCCUCCCCUACAUCGGCCCCCGCGUCUCCCUCUUCGACAUCUUCGUCCACGACGCGUCUGCCGGUCGCAUCGACGACUGGCUCGUCGCGCUCUCCCGUUGCCGCGUCGAGUCCAUUCACAUACGUGGCAGACUCACAUCAUGCUUCAACCUCCACUCCUCCAUCUUCUCCUUCGGGGAUCUCGUGUCCCUGCAGCUGCAACGCUGCAACAUCCCACCCCUCCCCGUAGGAUUCGCCGGCUUCCCAGCGCUCCAGGAGCUAGACCUCUUCAUUAUUAACUUUCCAGCCAGUGGGCAAUUGGAGGCUAUCAUUCGUCGGUCACCCUUGCUUCAUACCCUGGAUAUGUUUGAUGUGUUCAUCCCUGAUGACUACCCAGACUCAUUGAUUGAGGCGCCCAAUCUCCGUCUCCUAUCAAUCUGUUCAGAUUAUGACUAUGGCUGGCGAUUUGGAGAGCUGCCGUGCAUCAAAUAUGCCCACAUUGAUGUGUUAUUCUGUCCACGGCAUGAACAUGGUUUUGGAGAUCUCCUUGCUCGGUUCGGUGCGGCAGUAUUAGAUGAGGUGGCAUCUUCUAUGUAUUGCUGA